GCUCUCUAGCUCCUCCUGACCUGCCACCGGUCGAUCGGCCAGCCAGCAAUGGAAGCCCCUCUCCUCCUCCCGCUCUCCACCGCCGCGUCGUGCUCCUCCUCCUCCGGCAUCACCGUCGACGAUGACACGACCGUCCUCUCCCCCAUCCCCAGCCGUUCCUCCCCUUCCGGCCGCAGCAUCCUCGCCCGCUACCUCGCCGUCCUCCUCGUCGCCUCCGUGUCGCUCUUCGCGCACCACGAAGCAUCCAAGGGCUUCCGCAUCGACGUCGUCGGCGCCGGGACCCAGGGCGGCGUCGCGGCCCGACGGUUCGACCUCCUCUUCGUCUCCAACGGCCGCGCCGAGCGCCUGCUCCACCGCGCCAGCCGCGCCGUCGAGGACGCGCUCUUCCCGGACCCGUCCUUCCCGCGCCGCCGCGUCACGCGCGUCACCGUGCGCAUGAUGGACGGCGGCAACCUCACCGCCGCCGACGCGACCGUCGACGCCAACGCCGGCGGGGAGUACGUCAUUUCGCUGAGCCCGCGUCUCCUGUCCGGCGCCGGGACCGACAAGCCCGUGGACGUCGUGGCCACCGCGGUGCGCCGGGCCGUGGCGCGCAUGUGGCUGUGGGACGCCCGCGGCGCCGCGCCGGCCCGCGUCACGGAGUCUAUGGUGGAGUACCUCGCCAGUGCCAGCGCCACCGACGUCGAGGCGCUGCCGUCUUCCAAGGAGGCGGAUGGCACGUCCAACACCCAGUGCAUCUCGCCGCGGUUCCUGAAGCACCUGGAGCGGCGCCGCGCCGGGUUCGUGGCGCGGCUGAACAGGGCAAUGAGGGAUCGGUGGAGCGACGCCGCGGUGGACGCCGCCCUCGGGGCGCCGGCCCGGCCGGUAUGCGCCGCCUACCUCGCCGCCAGCGUGCAACCACCGGUGGUUGGCGCCACGUCGGUCGCUGAUGGAUCCACGGUGGCAGCGGUCUGAGCCAGCCAGAAACAGCGAAUGCACACCCCUUGUAAUUGGCCCAUCAUCAUGUGCGGCGAAUUAAGUGAUGGGUUUGGACGUAAGCUCGCCCCUAGUUGUGGUGUGAGGCGAGUUAGCGGUCGCUCUACUUCUUUUUAAUUUAAGUACGCCACUGCCUAGUAUCUAUGUAUGUAUGCUCUAGGUAGUUAAACACUUUGUUGUUUGUACAUGUAAAGAAUAUAUAUAGUGUAGUCUCAAA